AUGGCAGAUAAAGAGAAAAAUUAUAAAUUAGAUGCACCGUGUGUAAGUCCCUCAAGAAGCUCUGGAAAACCUUCCCGACAAAAGUUAAAAGAUAUUAUUGCUGAACGUCGCAAACAAGCGACUUGCAGCAAUUCGAAUCAAUCUGAAUUGAUGGAUCCUUACGAGGCUGUGAAUAAAUAUAAGAACAAUGAAGAAAAGGGUACUGGGUAUAUAGAGGAGGAAAGUCCUGAGCAUUACUGCCAUUGGGAUCCUCUGUAUCCCGAGAACCCGGAGAGAGUAGCUUGCCCGAAAAGAAGAUUAGCAGCUUUGAAACUAAGAGAAAGAUGUGUAAAAGUUGCUCCCAAACAAUUUCCUACAGAAGUGUUUUUAAAAAGGCAUACACAAAAACUUUAUGAUAAACUAAAAGAUAUUGAAAAAGUUCCAAACGAACUACUCGAGUUUGAAUCCUCAAAAUAUGAUUCUGUGUACUUUACUCAGGACACUUACAACGCCGCCAAAUUAUCUGCUGAAGCAGCAAUAACUUUGACGUUGGAAGUUGCAAAAGGCAACUUAAAAAAUGGAUUUGCCUUAAUAAGACCACCAGGACAUCACGCGAUGGUCGAUGAGUUUUGUGGUUACUGUUUUUUCAAUAACGUUGCAUUAGCCGCUCAAGUAGCUAUCGACGAGGGCCUAGCCAAGAAAAUUCUCAUUAUUGACCACGACAUACAUCACGGACAAGGCACGCAGCGCAUGUUUUACGAUAGAGACGAUGUACUGUAUUUCUCGAUUCAUCGUUAUGAACAUGGACUUUUUUGGCCUAAUUUAAGAGAAAGCGAAUCUGAUCACAUAGGCGAGGGGAAAGGAAAUGGUUAUAAUAUUAACAUCCCCUUAAACGUAACUGGUUUAACUGAUGCAGAUUAUAUGGCAAUUGUACUUAAUAUUCUUUUACCUGUUGCAUAUGAGUUUAAACCUGACCUAAUCCUUAUAUCUGCUGGUUAUGAUUCUGCUUUGGGAUGUCCGGAGGGAGAAAUGUUAGUCACUCCUCACUUUUAUGGUCACCUAAUAACACUUCUAUCCGGACUAGCCAAUGGUAAAAUUGUAGUAUGUUUGGAAGGUGGAUACUUUCCAGAAUCUUUAGCAGAAGGUGUCGCAUGCACUCUAAAAGCUCUACUUGGCGACACAUGUCAUCCCAUUUCUGCAAAACCUGAAGUCAAUUCUAGUCUCAUCGAAGUCAUCAACAAUACCAAGUAUUUUUUGCGGGAAUUUUGGAAAUGUUUCGAACAGGAACCUCUAUUUUCGUAUCCAAAGAAUAUAGAUUUAAAAAAUUGUUUAAAUAUUGAUAAAGAAAGUGAGCAUUUGACUUGCAUUUCUUAUUUAUUCGUGCCGAAAGACAUUGCCGUUUUUGAGACCACAGGUUUUUAUCCUAUUAGAACCGAAGAAGAGGUUAAAAAGUAUUCAGGAAUGGUGAAUGAUCUUAGAAAUGAAUAUAUCAAAACUGGAAAUGUGCCAAACAUUAUCGGUUACACAUAUGAUGAAUGUCUUCUUAAACAUAAACCUACGGGCGAUAACGCAAAUGCCCCGGAGAGACCCGAACGGCUUUUAGAAAUUAUUAAAACUUUCGAAAAUUUUGGUCUAUUAGGACGUUGUAAAAGAAUUGAGGAACUUGAUGAAUUAGAUGCCGAUCAAUGGAUAAGAAAAGUCCACCAAGAAAACUAUGCAAAAACUGUCCUUAGUUUACAGAAUGUCAAAGAAAAACCAGAUUGGUUCUUUAAUUCAGAAACCAUACAAUGCGUCCUAAAAUCAGUUUCUUAUAUUAUAUCUCUUGCUGACAAUAUACAUCGAGGUAAAAUACGAUCUGGCGUUGCUGUAAUAAGACCACCAGGACAUCAUGCUUGUUUUGACAGUUCAUCUGGAUUCUGUUUUGUUAAUAAUGUUGUGAUUGCAGCUGAAUAUCUUAUUAAACAGAAAAAUUAUAAGAGAAUACUAAUAGUGGAUUUUGAUAUCCACCAUGGCAAUGGAACGCAAAAUCUCACAUACGACAAAAAGGAAAUUAUGUAUAUUUCUGUACAUCGAUAUGACAACGCAAAAUAUUUUCCAUUUUCAGAUGAAGCUAAUUAUAGUUACACUGGACGAAAUGAAGGAAAUGGAUAUAAUAUUAAUAUACCUUUCAAUAAGGGAAAUAAGACUGACCACGAUUACUGGACCGUUUGGUUAAAAAUUGUACUUCCUUUGGCCUACUCGUACAAUCCGGACUUCGUAAUUGUGUCUGCAGGAUUUGAUGCCGGGUAUUUUGACCCUCUCGGCAAUGGGUACAAGUUGACACCGGAAAUAUAUUCACAUUUCAUACAAACGCUCAAACCUCUCGCUUCCGGAAAAAUACUUCUUGCACUUGAAGGUGGUUAUCACUUGGAAAGCACUGCCCUUUCGAUGACCAUGUGUGUUAAAGCCCUUUUAGGCGACGCCCUACCAGUUCCUAAAUUAUGUGAUAAAGUUGAUGUUGAUACCAGGGAAACAAUCCAAAAUGUUCUAUCCGUACAUCAAGACAAGUGGAAGGUUUUGCAGGUUAACAAAAGAAUUGCCAAUUUCGAUUGUACCAAUGAGGAGAAAGUAAUUUUAGAAUCCCAAUGUCAGGAAGAGAUUGAUAAAGGAGGGAAUGUUAAAAAAUUAAAAGAGCUUUUUAAGAAGAAUAUAAGAUAUGCUGAGAAUACUCCCGAGUGUUAA